AUGGAGAAGUAUACCAAGGUCUUAUCGUCCGAGUCAGAAGAUGAGCCCUCACCAACUUUCCGCGAGCGAAAGCGUCAACGAAAAUGUCUUUCCCUACCAGCCAUUUUGAUCGGGAUGCUUGCUGGGAGUUUAAUGUUCAACGUGGUACUAUUAUCUCUGCUUUGGCGAGCAGCAGAGCAUAGCAACUCCUGCCAACCAGUCCGAAAUCUGGCGGAGGAAGUCAACGGGUUAAUUCCAAAGGUACCGCUCAAGACGGUUGUAUUUCGUAAGGCUCCGGAGUACAUUCCAUAUGAUCAGAAGAUGAACUACACGGAAAAGGACCAGCUGGUUGCUACAACUUGGAAGAAGGCGUUUAUGCCUGAGGGUCGAGGCUUUCUUACAGUCGACAAUCCAGAGGAUUACGUCUUGGUAGCUCCUUUGACGACGCCCAACGGCACAGCCGUCAAUAUGUACGGAAUGGCAGCAUUCCAUGGAGUACACUGUCUGGGACUGAUAUUCCGUGCCUAUCUCGCAUCAACUCAUGGACACAAGCUUCCAGCAAGUUUGGCAGUCGAGCACGUAUAUCACUGCUUCGACUACGUCCGGCAAUCUCUCAUGUGCGCAGGGGACAUGGCUCUCGAAGGCAUCACUCCCGGGAGCAAUAUUACAGACCGAACACUUGGAUUGGGUGCCACUCAUAUCUGUAAGGAUUGGGAUGCUUUGAUGGAUCUGGCGGAUGAGCUUGCCAAGCCGCUGGAUGUCAUCUACGAUCAGGUAAUCGCCAGUGAAGGUUGA